CCUUUGGAUCCCGUAAUUCAAAAUUUCACCACAUCUUCAAAAGUAAUUAACAUCAUCUAGUAACUGCCCUAGAUGCUAUGUGCCAGAUGUCAAUUAACUUAAGACUCCUUUAUGCUGCCAGACUGCAAAGAGCACUCAUGGCAAUGGUAAAUUGGAAUUGCAACAUCCGGAAUAGCCCUUAGUUACAUAGAUAGCAUUACCUAAGAGCUAAAGGCCAUGUAAUUUGUCUCGGAAGAGUCACUCUAGCUAAUAUAGGUACCUUUCUUCGUAAAUCAGUAACCCAAUAUUCAGAGAUAGUUCUCCUCUCUGUUCUUGUGUUUAUUUUCUCCAUUUUGUACAGUGUAAUUUUGCCAGAAUGCACUCUUGUCACUUCAUUUUUGGACUUCCUUUUUGCCACCUUUAGCUUUGCAAACUGAAGAUAAUCCUCCAAAAUCAAUAUUAUCUAGAAGGUCAAUGUUGCAUCAAGAAAGAAGAAAGAGUGAGGAAGAGGUGCAGGAAAAAAUAGAGUAUUGUGAUGGAAAGGUAGAAGAGGUGCUUACUGAUGGACGCCGAAUCCUCACUUUCCGCAAUGGUACUAAAAAAGAGAUUAGUGUUGAUAGAAGGACAACAACGAUUAGCUUUUCCAAUGGAGAUGUGAAGAAGAUCAUGCCAGAUCAGAGAGUGAUUUAUUAUUAUGCAGAUGCACAGACAACCCACACUGCUUAUCCAGAUGGCCUGAAGGUGCUGCAGUUCCCUAAUAAUCAGAUAGAAAAACAUUAUCCCAAUGGCACACAAGAAAUUGUGUUCCCAGAUCACACAGUGAAGUGCCUCUAUAGUGAUGGACUGAAGGAACUUUUCCCAGAUGGCACAGUAGUAAAAGUAGAAAAGAAUGGAGAUAAAAUAGUGAUAUUCAGUAAUGGCCAGAAGGAGAUUCACACUGCACAAUUCAAGAGGCGGGAGUACACAGAUGGCACCGUGAAAACUGUGUACUGCAACGGCAGACGGGAAACCGAGUACUCCACUGGACGAGUUCAAAUCAAAGAUGAGGAGGGUAAUCUCAUCCUAGAUAAGAAGUGAUUCCUUCCCGCAAAGGGCUGCGCUGUAUGUAUGUAGCUCAAUCCAUUUUCUUGGCAGGUCAGAACUGUUAGGAAGAUUUAACUUGUGAAAAGGACUGGAUGGAUCUGUAAGGUUGAAAAUUACUUUGGCUGAGUGACUGGCUUAGAUUGGAAUAACCUUACCUGAAUGUAAUGUCUCUUGAGUGAGACUUGAAUGAGAUGCGGUCAUGCACUCUUUGUGUAUGCAACAUUAAAAUA